AUGUCUUUUCCUAAGGCGCUACCUGAUUGGAACAACCUCAAAGUGAUUCACAAGAACACCCUUCCACCACGGGCGCACUACUACAGCUACGCUUCAGAGGAACGGGCCCUCAGCUUCAAUCGCGAUAAGAGCGAGUAUGUUUCCCUCAAUGGUACAUGGAAAUUCCGACACGAUGCCUCUCCAUUUGAAGCACCUGAGUGGUCCACCGCUAAUCCCUUGAGCUGGGACGACGUUCAAGUCCCAGGAAUGUGGCAGCUCCAGGGUUAUUCUCAUCCGACUUACACCAACGUCAACUAUCCGUUCCAUGUGAAUCCUCCAAAUGUGCCGCUCCUCAACGAGACUGGAUCUUACUGGAGGCAGUUUGUAACUCCUUCCACGUGGAAAGAACAACAGAUCCGCAUCCGCUUUGAAGGCGUUGAUAGUGCAUUCCAUCUCUGGGUUAACGGAGAAGAAGUUGGGUACUCGCAAGGUUCACGCAAUCCUAGCGAGUUUGACAUCACUUCCCUACUCAAACCAGCCGGCUCUGUGAAUACCCUCGCGGUGCGCGUGUACGAAUUCUGCGAUGGCUCAUAUAUUGAGCGCCAAGAUCAGUGGCUUCUCAGCGGUAUCUUCCGAGAUGUUGGCUUGCUCGGCUUUCCGCUGGACUCAGUGGUUGACUUCGACGCCGUUCCAACGCUUAGCGAAGAUCUGUCUACAGGCCAGCUCCUCACCAGCGUCAAAAUACAAGGACAAGAUGCCGAUGUCCAGGCCAAGUUAUAUCGACCAGAUAGCUCGCUACUCAAGGAGUUCAAAUUCUCUUCUAAAGAGUCCGGCACUAUCAGUGUGUUCGGGGAUGACUUAAAGCUGUGGUCUGCCGAAGAUCCUGUUCUCUAUACCUUGACUGUCACCUUCAACGGCCGUACAAUUCCCCAGCGCAUUGGAUUCCGACGCAUCGAGCAAGAAGGCGCAAACUUCUUGGUCAAUGGCAAGCCAAUCAUUUUAUACGGCAUGAACCGUCACGAGCAUCAUCACCUCCACGGCCGCGCCGUGCCGUAUGAAAAUAUGCGUGCGGACCUCAUUCUGAUGAAGAAACACAACAUAAACGCUUUGCGAUGCUGUCAUCAACCCAAUGAUCCCAGACUAUACGAAGUUUGCGAUGAACUUGGUCUUUACGUGAUGGCUGAGGCAGAUCUCGAGACUCACGGCUUCGAUCCCGUGGAGCGGUCCAAUAUUCUGAACCAGCACCUGAUGACAGAGCAUGAAAUCCAAGAAAAGUCCUACAAGAUGGCCACCAAGUGGACCUCCGACAAUUUGGAAUGGAAGGAUGCUUAUCUUGAUCGUGCGGUUGAGCUUGUUCAGCGCUUCAAGAACUUCCCUUGUAUCAUAAUGUGGUCCCUUGGAAACGAAGCGUUCUACGGCCAGAACCACGCGAGCAUGUACAAGUGGAUUAAAGAGGCUGACCCCACUCGUCUCGUUCACUAUGAGGGUGACCGGGAGGCUAUCAGCGCUGAUUUGUACUCCACCAUGUACUGGAGUAUCGACGACCUGAAAAAGCACGUCAGUGAGAAGCCAGACAGACCUCUGAUUCAGUGCGAAUACGGACAUGCCAUGGGUAACGGUCCAGGUGGAUUGAAAGAAUACAUCGAGGCAUACCGCACCGAAAAGCUCCUCCAAGGCGGUUUCAUCUGGGAGUGGUGUAACCAUGGCCUUCUCAAGAGAGACGGUGAGACUUCGUACUAUGCAUAUGGCGGGGACUUUGGCGACGAGCCCAAUGAUGCAGACUUUAUCCUUGAUGGAAUGGUAUUCUCGGAUCACACACCAACUCCAGGCCUAACGGAAUAUAAAAAGGCGAUUGAACCAGUCACAGUGACACUGAAGGGGGGUAGCCUGGAAGUGGUAAAUCACUAUGACUUCAAUACCCUCGAUCACCUGUCCAUCUCAUGGCACGUUGUCAAGGAAACAGGAAACACUGAGGCAGUACCAUGGGAAAUCCCCCAAAUCAAACCCGGAGAAUCAAAGGUGAUCGAUCUGCCCGAGGGCGUGAAUUUGGGCUCUGAUCAAAGCUGGCUCACCAUCAACUUCAGACUGCGAGAGCCCACAUCCUGGGCAACCCAGGGACACGAGAUUGCGUGGGCGCAGAUCCCUUUAUUGGAUGACCAAAAACUCGCAAUCUCUCCAAGAAUAUCCUCACCACAGUCCACAAUGUCUGUUCAGGAGGGACCAGGCCGGCUAUACAUCAACUCAAACAGCUUCAGCUCCCACUUCACUUACGACCUGAUUCGAGGUGAUCUAUCAUGGUCAACUGAUACAGGAAAAAUCUUCAACAGCGGACCACAGCUAGGAAUAUACCGCGCCCUGACACAGAACGACGUCGGAUUCGUGGGACCUCAUAUUGAAUGGGAGCGCUUCCGUGUGAAAAGUAGUCACAUGCUUGUCGAAUCCGCCAACUGGCGUGUUAACGACGAUGGGAGCGUACUCAUCACCACCAAAGUCCGUGUUGGACCUACCGUGCUAGAAUGGGCAUUCGAGGCUGUUCUCACUUACACUAUCACGGAGGCGUCAGUGUCCUUGCAUGUGAAGGGUGACUUCACAGGAACACACCCAAAAUACAUCCCAAGAAUUGGUCUCACUCUCCGGCUUCCCCGACAAUAUGAUGCUGCUACAUGGUUUGGCAGAGGACCCGGUGAAUCUUACCGUGACACGAAGGCAGCUGCACGGUUCGGAACGUACACGGCCUCUCUUGAGAGCGGUCUCCAGACGCCAUAUGAAUGGCCGCAGGAGAAUGGUAAUCGCAUCGAUACACGCUGGGUGAGCGUUCACUCCUCGCCUGCAGAUUCGUCGUAUGCUGCCUCUGCUGGGGCAGUUGCACCUACUCCAGAGAUCAAGGCGUCCAUGGAUGCACCGUUUAGUUUCUCGCUUCGCAAAUAUGCGACGAUGGAGCUUGACCGCGCGAAGCACCCCUAUGAGCUCUCGGAGCUGAAUAAUGAGACAGAGCUAAAUAUUGACUACGCGCAUCAUGGAAUUGGAACAGCCAGUUGUGGACCUGGUGCUUUUGAGGGCAAUAGGCUCGAAGCUGGGGCGUUCGAGUUUACUACUAGCUUUAGUCUUGUUGGUUGCAAAAAGAAGCGAGAAGCCACCAGCUGA